CGUGUUCAGGCACCCACCCGCCGUGCUCAUCCCAAAGAGCCGAACCAUAACCAACAUUAAACUCAAGAACCACCCCAGAACCACGUCAGAACCACCACAUAACCACCACCCCAGAACGACAGCCCAACAGCAACCAUGGAUCGCGGAGCACUAGCCAACCUGCUCGAUCGAGAGCAAAAGACUCUUUCCGACAUCCUCUCGCGGUACGGCGGUGUCAUGAUGGCCGCGACCACUGGCGUUGACGGCCAGUCUACCGUGGGCAGUGCUGCCUACAACAGCAUGCAGAUGGAGCUGGAGCUCAAGGGUCUUGUAAGUGGUGCCCCGCCUCCCCGCCCUCUCCCACCUCCAACCCAUCACUUUUCUCCAACUCCCACUAGCUCUUCCUCCCACCCACUUUGUUAUCACUCCCUCCCACCAUCACCUCUCCCACCCUCGCUUCUCGCACCAUCACCAGGCCUCACUCGAACUAUCACCUUCAUCCCAGUUCCAAUUGUCAAUCAUCCAAGCAACUCACUAACCAUCAACCCCGCCUUCUUGUCUCUUCCUGCAGGUCAAAUCGACCGAAGAUCUCUUGACUCUCACGCGUCUUCUCCGCGAGCUCUGGCUCGUCGGCUCUCUUCUCAAACCCGGCGAGGGAGAACGCGUCGCCGAGCAAACCAUUGACGGUCACGUUCAAUCCGCCGCCGCACUGAUGGCUCAUCUUCGCGAUCAGUCCCGCCAGCAGCUGGUCGGUCCCACGGGCCAGUAUGUCGCCGCCCCCGUCGUCCCGCCGGGCCCGCUGCCGCCCGUGCCCGAGGGCGUGACCACCAGCAAUGUCAACGAGCAUGCUCCCCCUCAGCAGGGACAUCAACAGGGACACGUAGCCAAUUAGGAUCUGGCUGUCGCGUUGGCGUACGUUGAGAACAAUGACCACCCCAAUCUGUAUGACGACCCUUCCGUGUCCGCUCCUCAGUCAUCCAACGGCUCGCCUGAUCUGGGCCCCUCGCACACCCCGGAUACCUCGCCCGAGAGGAACCGCAUUUCUGGCAUGAAUCUUGUAUGGACCGACUCGGAGAGUGAGUCGGAGAAUCCUCUCGCUCCAUCGUCGCCGACCCAGGGCAACUCUCUACUCUGGACAGAUGACGAGACCUUCAACGCGGAAAUGCUCAGCAUCUGGGACGACAAUCCUGCCUCGGACGUUGAUAUGCAAGACUACAACAAUCCUGCCUCGUACAUCGAUGGCCAGGAGAACAACAAGACCACAACUAUCCAAGACGUUGGUGGAAAGAAUACAUCCACGACUCCUCCCCUUGCACGCACUGCCAGUCCCUUCGGCCCUGUCAGACCCAAUGGAUACAUGGCUCCAUUCCUGCAUCGUUCUGCCGCUUGCACGAGUCUGCAAAGCCUGGGCAAUUCUUCUUCGUCGCUUCUGGACAGCGCUCCGCCCAAGACGCACAACCCAGCAACCUGGCCUGUUCCCGCCUUGCAGUACAUGCCGGCCUCUGCCCUUCGUCCCAGCACCCUGAGUCCUAUCAGGUCUCCGCACCGAGAGAAUUGGGGCAUGGCUCCUCCGGUUCUGCCUCGUUCGGCGUUCCCAUCCAAGUCCCCAGAGGGCAGCCCUUCGUGGCGAUCUGGCGGCAUCCCUCGCAACGCCCCGAAGCCAGCAACCUGGCACCAGCCGACCCUGCGUGGCGGCGGUUUUCCGUCUAAAGCCGCCAAGUCCCUCCCCGCGCCUCCUCCGCCACCUCGGCCGAGGCACGCCACCCUCGCCCCGGCCCCGCAGUUCCCGGCCCCCCGGCGGCCAUGGCUCCUCCUCCCCGCCCCGCCAGCCCCGACCGGCCGAGGCUGCCGGCCUGGCAGAUGCCUCCGCCGUAUCUGCCCAGGUCGGCCCUGCCGAGGCCGUCGCCGUCGGUGGCCCCUCGCCCCUCGUCCGCGGCUCCCAUCCCGGAGGAGGAGGGAGCCCCAACUCCCUGCCCGUCCCGCGCCUCCUCCCCCUCCCCCAGCGGCUCCAAUGAGCCGUACAAGUCGAGGUGGGACGUCCGCCCAGGAGAGGCCCAGUAGGGCAAUGCCAAAAACAGACUAGACAAUGUUAGAUGUAAAAAAACAAGAAUUUUUUAUAAAAAACAAAAAAUAAAUGCCAG